AUGGCAGAUAAAUACGACAAAAAUGGGUAUAAUAGUGGCGAUUUUAAAAGAAAUACCACACAAGGUAAACCAGAGGAACUCGAUCAAAAUGGCGAAGAAGGUAUCAAAAUAAAUGAAAAAGCCGGUGAAUACAUGCGUGAACUACUUAGCGAGAAGAUCAAACUCAAUAAUUCAAAAUUUCCACUAUCUAUGAAGUUAAUUGAUCAAGAAGUAACAAAAGUACAGGCUAGUGGUCGUAUCACCAAGGACUCAAAAUAUGUGGAUGUGUUCCGUGACAAACCAACCAAAGUCACAGUUAAAGUUCUUGUGCCAAUUAAGGAACAUCCUAAAUUCAACUUUGUGGGAAAACUAUUAGGUCCAAAAGGAAACACUAUGAAGCAAUUACAAGAAGACACACUGUGCAAGAUGGCUGUACUCGGCAGGGGCUCAAUGAGAGACAGGCAAAAAGAAGAAGAACUCCGCCAGUCAUUAGACCCUAAGUACUCUCAUCUAGCUGACGAUCUUCAUGUUGAGAUAUCGGCCAUAGCACCACCAGCAGAGGCUCACGCUCGAAUUGCAUAUGCACUUGCAGAAGUCAAAAAAUACUUAGUGCCGGAUACAAAUGAAACUGUAUGGAUGUCACAGAUGAGAGAUAUAGAUGUCAGAGAUGUACACCCGGCGAGGCAGCCGCUGCUCGCGAACCCGGCAAAGAGCAUAUUGUACCGUAACACAGGGGCCGAGCGGACGCACCCGUACCGCGAGCCCGCGCCCGUCAUGCACCCCCCGGCCGCCAUGCCGCCGCGAUCCAUGCCUCCCAAGAACAAGAUCAUCAGCAUCCUGGAACGGGCCCGGACUGCGAUGGAGGGCUCUUACUCCUACGAAGACCAUUACGCACCACCCGAACCACCAAUGCGAGGGGGCGGGCGCGCGGCCGAGCCGGACGUGUACUACGAGCGCGGCCACGAGCGGUUCUACGAGGACGAGGCGCACUACCGCGAGGAGCCGCGCGAGUACAAGGCGUCGUCGCGCGACGUGGGCACGCGCCGCCCCGCGCCGCACCCGCCCGCGCACCGACACUACCCGCGCGCCGCGCCCUACUCCCGGGCACCGCCGACGCACAAGAAACGUCAGCAAUAGGUGAGUUGUAAGAGGUCCAAUGUUUUUUUUUUUAUUUGUAAAAAAAAACCAGUUUGCGUCGGUUAAAAGAAGACAAAACUAAAUACGACAAAAAACGUGCAUAAUCAUUAUCUCUUUAAAUAAACGUAGGUUUCUUUAGAUCAAAAUAUGACUAAACUAAAUCGAAAACACGUAUUAAAAUGUUGUAAAAAAAAAAAACAAUUAACAAGUGUUGCCCGAUCACAAAAAAAAAAAACAACUUAAAAUACUCUAAUGUAUUUAGGAAUCGAAAAAUAUUAUACUGUAAAUUUUGACGAGGUGAUCCCAAAAAGAAAAUCAAUGUAGCGUUAAAUCUGUUUCAACAUGUUUUGAUUGCAACUAAUUAAAAAAAAUGUUUGAAAUGGCUCGUGAAAGAAGAAAACAAAAAAACUUCGUUAAAAUAACAUUGAAACAUGUUGAACCUAAAGCAGAGAUGUAUUCGAUUCUUUUGUUUAUUAUUAUAAUAAUAAAAAAAUAUUUGUAUAA